CGCUGCGGACGCGGGGCCGGUGGCCCGGAGUCGCGCGGAGACCCACGCUAGCCAGACAAGCCGAUCAAUCACGGGCGGAAACUGCGCCUGCCAGGCCGGGCCGGGCCGGGCGCGGGUGCCAAAAGGCCCACGCAGACAGCCAAGUUCUGGGAAGAGAAACCUGAUCCGGGAGGUGGCUGCAGCGCGACGCGAAAAAUACCCGCCCUGGACGGGUGAGGGUCACUUACCGGAGUCUUACCUGGCCCGACAAGCCCCAGCGCCCGGCUCCGCGUCUCCGCCCCGACGGCGCGCUCCCCCCUCCCCACGAGACGCCCCCCGCGCCGGGAGCCCCGCGCCCCGGCGCAGCCCCGCCGAGGAACGAUGUUCACGUCCAAGUCCAACUCGGUGUCGCCCUCGCCGUCGCUGGAGCAGGCGGACCCCGACGCCCUGGACAUCAGCACCAAAGUGCAGCUUUACGGGGUGCUGUGGAAGCGGCCCUUCGGGAGGUCGUCGGCCAAGUGGUCCCGGCGGUUUUUCAUCAUCAAGGAGAGCUUUCUGCUUUACUACUCCGAGAGCGAAAAGAAGAGCUUUGAAACCAAUAAGUACUUCAACAUUCACCCCAAGGGUGUCAUCCCUCUGGGGGGCUGCCUGGUGGAGGCCAAGGAAGAGCCCAGCAUGCCGUACGCGAUGAAAAUCUCCCACCAGGACUUCCAUGGCAACGUGCUGCUGGCCGCCGAGUCGGAGUUUGAGCAGACCCAGUGGCUGGAGAUGCUGCAGGAGUCAGGGAAGGUGACCUGGAAGAACGCCCAGCUGGGAGAAGCCAUGAUCAAAAGCUUGGAGGCCCAGGGGCUGCAGCUGGCCAAGGAGAAGCAGGAAUAUUUAGACAAGCUGAUGGAAGAGACAGAAGAACUCUGCCUUCAGAGGGAGCAGAGGGAGGAGCUUGAACGCCUUAACCAGGUGCUGGAGGCUGAGAAGCAGCAGUUUGAAGAGGUCGUACAGGAGCUGAGAAUGGAGCAGGAGCAGAUCAAGAGGGAGCUCGAACUGACCGCCAGAUGCCUCAAGGGUGUGGAGCAAGAGAAGAAGGAGCUGAGGCACCUCACAGAGUCCUUGCAGCAGACGCUGGAGGAACUCUCCCUCGAAAAGAAGAAAACUCUGGAAAUGCUGGAGGAGGAGACCGAAAACCAGCUGCAGACACCGGCCGAUCAGAGCACGCAGCCCCCUCCUAGCGAGGGUCUCCACAGCAACCUCAGGCAGAUCGAGGAGAAAAUGCAGCAGCUGCUGGAGGAGAAGCUGCUGGCAGAGAAGCGGAUGAAGGAGAAUGAGGAGCGCUCGCGGGCCCUGGAGGAGGAGCGGGAAUUCUACUCCAGCCAGUCCCAGGCGCUGCAGAACUCGCUGCAGGAGCUGACGGCAGAGAAGCAGCAGGCCGAGCGCGAGCUCAAGGCAGAGGUGAAGGUCCGCAUGGACCUGGAGAGGCGACUGAGGGAGGCAGAGGGGGCCCUGCGGAGCCUGGAACAAGGACUCAACUCCAAGGUGCGAAACAAGGAGAAGGAGGAGAGGAUGCGGGCAGACGUGAGCCACCUGAAAAGGUUCUUCGAGGAGUGCAUCCGGAAUGCGGAGCUGGAGGCCAAGAUGCCGGUCAUCAUGAAGAACUCCGUGUACAUCCACAAGGCAGCCACCCGCCGCAUCAAGAGCUGCCGCUUCCACCGGCGCCGCUCCAGCACCUCCUGGAAUGACAUGAAGCCCUCGCCAUCCCUCCUGACCUCCCAGCUGGAAGCCAACAACGUGGAAGAGCUGAAGGAGGUGGCCAAGCGGCUGAGCCGCGACCAGCGCUUCCGGGAGUCCAUCUACCACAUCAUGGCCACCCAGCCCGGAGCUCCCCCAGCGCUUCCCCGAGGGGGAAAGUGAUCCACCCCCUGCCAUCCCUCCACGUCCUGACUCGCUGGGCUGCAGGGGAUGGCGGGGCAGGUCUGGAUCCCCCUGAAUGCUCUCUGCUCGCCUUCCUGGCCUGAGCUUCACCGGAAGGAUUCAGAGGACAGGGGCACCCCACCCCACCCCCCGCCACCCGCCGUCACCCCAUCCCAGCCCUUCCCUCGGAUCCUUGCCCACGCAGGCCUGAGUCCCGCUGGGUAUUGUCUGGUUGCCACGGUGAGGUGAGGAGGGGGCCGACUGAAGAGUUGAGGAAUGGGGUGAGCCCGGCCACUGCCCUCUAGGGCCCACUGUACCUCUCUGUGAUGCUCUGCCCUGUCUGUGCUCCCCACCUUGACUCUGCUUCCCCCGCCCCCCCUCAUCCUGGGGAACCCUGUCUUUGCAUCUGAGAGUCAUAGGUAUUUCUCUGAAGAUGCCUUGUGGGGAGGAGAGAGCAAAGCUGCAAAGCUGGCCAAGCAGCUUCCAGACCCAACACCUGGCAGAAAGCCACCGCCAGGGGUUGCUCCUCAGCACAGAGCCAGGAGCAGCCCCUGGGCACUUGACACCCCCUAACCACCCUAAUCUUCCUGCCCCCUCCCCGCCGCCUAAGCUGGCACCACCACUCACUUCCUCAGGUAAACCUACGCCUUGCAGCCUCAGCGCCCUACAGAAUGAAGUGACGCCUCUCUGAGUCCCACCGCCCCUGUAGCUAGCACAGGGUGAGGGCCAGGAGUUGGGGCCAGCAGCCGUGCUGAGGGCCCCACUAGUAACAAGUUUGGUCUGUGGUGGGCAGAGUGACCACUGCCUCUGCUCCGGUGGCCUGGCUGGGCUCUGGGAUCAGAUGACCCCCCCUCCCUGCUCAGGCUCUGCUCAGUGAAGUGAUGUAAUCAUGUACCCCAAAGGUGGGGGGCCCAGAGCCCAUGGUAGGACCAGCUGCCAUUGGCUGGCCCCUGUCAUCAUGAUUGAAGCUGAAAUGUCAAGUGCAGCUUUUGUGGAAGUCUGCCACCGCCAGGAGACUGAGACUUGCCUCAGCUGUGUGCCCUCACCCCUUGAUAGACAGUCUGCCCUGCUGGUCUCCUUCAUACCCACCCUCCGAAGCUGCCGGUGCCUAAGGGUCCUCUUCAGAGAAGGGUCUGCAGGCUGGAGACCUAACACAGGGGUUCAGGCACUACAUCUG